AAUGGCGUCGUGCACGUUGUUGACAUAACAUGUGCGUUGCGUUGCUAUCAUGCGCAGUGAAAUGUAUUGUUGCGUUUUUGGAGUUCCCAUGGAACUUUCCAACGUUAAGUGAGUUAUAAAUCUGAAGCAGAAAUAAGUGUGAAUCCCUAUUUGUGACUAUCAACACGCCUUUGUUGCCAUGGCAAGUGCUGCAGCAGCAGAGGCCACUGAAAGUGGUGCGUGGGCCCUACUGGCACUCAAAUCUCUCCCAGCCAGCCCCAUGAAAGCUCAGUGGCAACCUGAUGCCUCGGGUGCAGCUCUUGCUAGACUCGAGGGAAAAGAUUUCGAGUAUUUCAUGCGACAGCAUCACAUUGUGAUUGGGAGAAACAGUUCCAAAGGUGAAGUGGACGUGCACAUGGGACAUUCAAACUUCAUAUCAAGGAGGCACCUUGAGAUAUUCUAUGAAGAACCGCAUUUUUACCUUUGCUGCAAUGGCAAGAAUGGUGUCUUCAUUGAUGGAGUUUUCCAUAGGAAAGGAUCCGGCAAAAGUCUUCUUCCCAAAGUGUGUGUUGUCCGGUUUCCUAGUACAAGUAUUAAAAUCCAGUUCACAUCCUUGAUUGAAGAAGAUGGGAGAGUACCAAAGUCUCAAAUAGCAAGCAUGGGAACAACUGCUUCUGCUUUCAUGGCUCCCUUGCGAAUCAAUAUCCCAAGUGAUCUUGUGGAAAGCAGCCCUAUCCCUUCACCUACUGGCACCAUCAGUGCUGCCAAUUCAUGUCCUGCUAGUCCUCGUAGUGGCAUCAGAUAUUUGGAACCCCCAGAGUUCCUAUCCAUGUACCAAAGACAACCAGGUCUAGCUACAGGAGGGCAAGUAUUGACAUAUACCUCCAAUGGCAAGGACAAAAUUGGAGAUAAGUUUUUGUCCUUGCCUGAAAAUCCUCUCAUCAAUGAUACCCCUGUGCCAAAGGAUGAAGGGAAACCACCAUAUUCUUAUGCACAAUUGAUCGUGCAGGCCAUAUCUCAGUCCCAAGAUAAACAACUUACACUAAGUGGGAUCUAUUCAUAUAUCACCAAGAACUAUCCAUUCUAUCGAACAGCUGACAAGGGCUGGCAGAACUCAAUCCGGCACAAUCUGUCAUUGAAUCGGUACUUCAUGAAAGUACCAAGGUCACAUGAAGAGCCUGGAAAAGGUUCUUUUUGGAGAGUGGACCCAUCAUGUGAGCAGAAGUUGGUAGAACAGGCCUUCAGAAAGAGGCGACAGCGAGUCAUCCCAUGUUUCCGAUCUUCAUUAUCCCCAGGAACUGCUAGUAGCAGGUCUGCACCAGCAUCCCCAAGCCAUGUCAUGCAUAUUGAAUCCUCUCCUCCAACAUCUCUUAUGCCUGAUGGUGGCCCAGGAACCUCUUCCUCCUACAAGAGUGGCCUCUCUUCCAUGCGUGGAUCUGCUUUACAUCUCCCCAUAUCAGAGAGUGCUCCUGUUUCUCCAGCACGUGCAGGCAAUGAUUCAAGUAAUAGUCUCAUUGGAAGUGGAGCCCUCAAUGGAGUAGAGAGUUCUCCACCUCUCAUGUAUUAUUAUGCAGUUCCACUGACACAGUUCACUCAAUCAUCUGUAUCCUCAUCAUCUGCUAUUCAGAUCAAGAGGAUACAAGAUGGGGAAGAUGACGGAGUCACCCCUCAAAAACGACUAGACAACGGAGAUGACAAGGGCCUUGUUUGACUUGGCUCAUUGAACACCUAGUGACUGAAAUUCUUUUUGCCUACUCUUCUACUGUGCUUUUUCCCUUGAACAUGCUUCAUUUUCAUGUUGCCUGAUCCAGUGAACAGGCGUGUCUUCAAACAUGCAUCUCCCCAUACCGAGUGGUCAUCGAUCUCACUGAUGAUAUGAAUUGAUUUGGAGUAGGCUUAUCUUGUGUUUCCUUGCCUUUUCUUUUCUCGAGAAGUAGUUGAUGUGACAGAAGAGUUUGUGUCAUUAAUGUGUUUUGUCCCCUUGAUGUGCUCUCAGGCAAGUUGGCCUGCAGAAAGUUUUUUUUUGUGUUUGAAUACAGAAAGAAAAUAAGUGAACAGGCCAUGGGACUGAUAUAACAAAAAUUUAAUAAGUCUCAAAAGAGAGUUUUGAGCUCUGUGCUUUUGUUGUGGGAAAAAUGAUUUAUCAUGUUUCCCCAAUGAAUGUUCUGAGAGUGAUUGUUCCACUCCUAUACCAUAAUGGUUUCUUUAUGCAUUUUAAUCUUCCUAAGGUAUACUCUUGCUAAUUCUUUUUUGGAAUUUCAAAAAUAUCUGGUGGUACCACUCCCUGGAUGUUCAGCUGUUUGAUGUCAAUGUGCAAUAAGUCUCUUAUUGUAUUGAUUUUGCCCUUCAGUGUGGAUGUCUGCCAGGUGAAAAUUUUUUGAUUGGGGAAGCCAAUGGUUCAUAUGCUUUUUUUCUCACUAAUCCAGUGCUUUGGAGACAAUGUCUGUGCCAGUGUAGGAUUCUAGUAUGGAAGCUUAGCUAAUGUUUUGUUUGGGCUAGUUUGCUUCGGCCAGCAACUUGUAGGAGGGUAUCCUUAUUUACUUCAAUGAAUGUGAUGCUCAGAGAACAAAAGAAAGUGAAGUCUACUCAUAUUGAGUUGCACAGUUCCCUCUUCCCAACCAUGUGUUCC